AUGCCCAAUGUGCACAGAGAGAAGCGACAUUUCGAAAUCGCCGCAAAAAUUGCUAGGUUGGCAGUGCCUUCAAGUGGCACAAUGGAUGCCAGGCAUAGCGGCGAGCUGAUCAACAGGCAGUGCAGCACUGGUCAGUCGUUCCAAUAUGCGUUUUUGCUGCCUGUUGCAGCGCUCUAA